GUCAGCGCCAGUUACUUAUGCAUUCUCGUAAAUUUGCAAGCUGUAGGCCAUCUGUAAUCCCACCGUCUGUCCAUUAAAGCUACUGAAAGUGAAAGUUAGCUCGCCAUGGAAGAUCUCGUCAACAGCACGAUUGAUCCAGCUUGUUUACAAGAGCCUCCACUGGCUGUGGACGUUAUAGCGCAACUAGAUGUUUUUGGAAUAUGCUUGUACUCCAUGCUCACCUUCAUGUCCUGUGUCUCCCUGCUUCUGUACUUGGAACAAUGUGUCUUUAUUUACAAAAAACUGCCAUAUCCCAAGAAGACAACCAUCAUUUGGAUAAGUGGUGCUGCACCAGUCAUUUCCACCAUGGCUUGCCUAGGAAUGUGGAUUCCUCGGGCCGUCAUAAUCACUGAUAUGACAUCUAACAGUUAUUUUGCAGUUGUGGUAUACAAGACGUUGGUUUUCAUGAUCGAGGAGCUCGGGGGUAGUGGUGUUUUCCUGAACCGGUUCACGGGUAAAACGUUCAGGCUCAACACAGGCCCGUGCUGCUGCUACUGUGCCUGUCUACCACGCGUGCCCAUGUCACGACGAUUGUUAUUCCUGCUGAGGCUCGGUGCUCUGCAGUAUGCCAUCCUAAAAACAGUGUUCUCUGUAUUUUCCAUAAUACUGUGGACCAACGGCAGCUUUGAUCUCUCUGAUCUAGAGAUCACUGGUGCAGCCAUUUGGAUUAACCCCUUUGUUGGUGUUCUCAUCAUCACUUCCCUCUGGCCUGUUGGCAUCAUUUUCAUGAACACCAACAGCUUUCUCCGUGGUGUCAGCAUCAUACCAAAGUAUGCCAUAUACCAACUGAUACUUGUAUUGAGCCAGCUGCAGACAUCCAUCAUUAACAUCUUGGCCUUAGAUGGAACCAUCGCCUGCGCCCCUCCGUUCUCCUCUCAAGCUCGUGGAUCCAUGUUAAGUCAGCAGAUGAUGAUUAUGGAGAUGUUCAUCAUCAGUCUGAUCUCCCGGUAUCUGUAUCGCCGCACAUAUGACACACUUCCCUCCGAGGCGCAUGACACGGAGCUGAACGGCAAGGCUGCCCUGCAGGCUGCUCACGUGGAGCAUGAUGUCUAGAAAAAAAAGGACAAGGAAGUGCUCUUUAAAAUAUUUAUAAGAUGAUGUAAGGCAGAAGAUUAUGAAAUAAUCACACUUAAUUUUGAUGUAACAUUUUACCUCAUUCUGUUACUUAAAUUAAAAAGGAAAGAACAUGU